AUGGAGGACUCAGCAAGCAUCAUGUCUGACUCUAGCCCGGCCGGGCAAGAUACCGACGAGGCCCGCAACUUGCGAGAUCGCCUGGCUGAUAUCUUUCGUCCCAGACCAUUCAGCUCUGCGACGGAUGAUCGGGGAGUACAGGGUGCCCAGGGCCUGGGAAUAACGAGCGAACCGGAUGUGAGAACUCGCCUGUUGGAGUCGUACGACCGUUCGGACCCUGCGUGCGGUGAGAGACGUUGCAGCCAUGGUACUUUUUCUCCACACAUCGAAACAGCCGAAAGAUUUGCGUACUCGCGGUCAUCAGGCAGUCAUAUCGCGAGCAAUGGGCUUGGAGAAGCAGGGAUGGCGUCCAAUCCCUUCCGCGGAGGUGAUGGUCGACCGGAGUCUCACCAAGACUCGGAAUACACGUCACAAAUGAAAUCAUCCAUCUCGGCUCUUUCCACUCAGGAAUCCAAGAAACUUUACGUAUCCUAUUACAUUCCUCUUUUCAAUUGGAUUGGACAGUACCAUUGGUCUUUUCUCCGAGGAGAUCUGAUAGCAGCAUUGACUAUCUCCUCCGUCUACAUCCCAAUGGCCUUAUCCUUAGCCUCAAAUCUGGCACAUGCACCUCCAGUCAACGGUCUUUAUUCCUUCGUGAUCCAUCCGCUAGUCUAUGCGAUAUUAGGAAGUUGCCCACUCUUAGUUGUCGGUCCGGAGGCGGCAGGCUCUCUGCUCACGGGUGCAAUUGUCAAGGCUAGCAUUCAUCCUAAUGACUCCCCGGAAGAAGCAAGUGUGAAGAGUGCUAUGAUAAUAGGAAUAGCAACUGCGAUGACUGGUGCUAUGAUUUUAAUUGCAGGGUUGACUCGCCUAGGGUUCCUGGAUAACAUGCUCAGUCGGCCCUUCCUCAGAGGAUUCAUCACAGCCAUUGGCUUCGUGAUUUUCGUGGACCAACUGAUCCCACAAUUGGGGCUUGCGGAGCUAGCAAGUGAGACUGGGGCUAGCCAUGGCACAACGGUGUCUAAGUUAAGUUUCAUCAUUCGCAAUGCCCGGGAAUGCCAUGCACUUACUGCAGUGGUUUCACUCGUCAGCUUUGGGAUCAUCUUUUUUUUCCGAACCCUGAAACAGUGGAUGGAACCUCGCUUUCCCCAAGUGGUUUACUUCCCUGACCGCUUUUUCGUUGUAUUGCUGUCGGGGAUUCUGGCUUGGUCUCUUGGCUGGGAAGAAAAAGGGCUCGAGCUUUUAGGAUCCACCGAGGUCAGUGCAAGCCGCCUAUUCGCCUUCCAGUGGCCCUUUCAAAUGAAGUAUAUGGAGCACGUCCGCACUGCUAUGAGCAAAGCAUUCAUCAUUACUCUACUUGGUUUCUUCGAGUCUUCGGUGGCAGCGAAGGGCCUGGCCGAUGUCAAGUCCGAUGGAAUCCAGGGUAUGCACAUUAGUGCCAACCGAGAAAUGGUAGCUCUGGGAGUGGCAAAUCUUGUGGGUGGUUGCUUUAUGAGUCUUCCAGCUUUUGGCGGAUACGGUCGAAGCAAGCUAAAUGCGCAGACUGGAGCACGAUCCCCAAUGAGCAGCAUUUUCAUUUCCAUUAUCACUCUCAUUGGCAUUCUCGUUAUUUUACCCUACCUCUAUUACCUUCCGAAAGCGGUCCUUUGUUCUAUGAUAUCUGUCGUGGCAUUUUCUCUCGUUGAAGAAUGCCCACACGACUUAAUAUUCUUCCUCCGUCUACGUGGAUGGACUGAACUCAUGCUGAUGUUCCUCAUUUUCGUCACAACCAUUUUCUAUUCACUCGAGCUAGGCAUGGCCCUCGGAAUCGGUGUAUCUGUCAUAAUCCUUAUCCGUCAUGCCACUCAGCCUCGCAUUCAAAUCCUUGGAAAGGUAUCCGGCACUUCCACCCGCUUUGCAAACGCUGAACUCCAGCCCGAAAAUACCGAGAUAGUUGAGGGUGCACUAAUUGUCAAAAUCCCUGAACCUCUGACAUUUGCCAACACUGGUGAUCUCAAGAACCGUCUUCGUCGUCUGGAGCUCUACGGAUCUAGCCGAGCCCACCCAUCUCUUCCUCGCAUGCGCCCUGCCGAGUAUAACAAGAAUAUCAUCUUCGAUGUGCACGGUGUCACAAGUAUUGACGGUUCGGGUACUCAGGUUCUCUAUGAAAUUGUGCGUGCGUACAACGAGGAAGGGACGAGAGUCUUCUUUUGCCGGCUACCCAACGACAAGGUGUUCCGCAUGUUCGAGCUGAGUGGGAUUGUUGAGGAAUGUGGUGGUAUCACACACUUCGUCCCCAGCGUUGAUGAAGCUCUUCAAUUGGCGGAAUCAGAAGAACGAUGGGACGACUAA